UCCGCACCUUUUACGCAGCGUCAGGGCGGCCCCGGGUAUAGUUUCUAUAGUAACAGGGUGAUCAGUAGCGCCGUGUGACGUCAUCUGUGCGCGACCACUGGAGAACAACACGUGGAUAGUGGAGGCCGCUGGGGAGACUGUCAGCAUGGAGACGAGGAGCCGCCGGGGGACCGGGAGACCGGAGGAGAACAGAGAGGAGACCCGGGCACCGGAGAACAGAGAGGAGACCCGGGCACCGGAGAAGAUAGAGGAGACCCGGGCACCGGAGAAGAUAGAGGAGACCCGGGCACCGGAGAGAGAGGAGACCCGGGCACCGGAGAGAGAGGAGACCCGGGCACCGGAGAGAGAGGAGACCCGGGCACCGGAGAACAUAGAGGAGACCCGGGCACCGGAGAACAUAGAGGAGACCCGGGCACCGGAGAGAGAGGAGAAGGCGGAGGUGCGGGGCCCUGUGCGGGCGGAGAAGAGUGCGGGACCCCAGGAGCGGAGGAAAAGGGAGGCCCCGGAGAUCCCACAGGGGAGACCGAAAUCCGGGAGAGUCUGGAAGGAGAACAAGAAGAGGUUCUCCAGCAUGGUCCGGGACCGGCCGCUGAACACCUCGUGGGAAGUAAAGAUGAAACAGAGACAGGAGAAGAAGAUGAUGAAGAGCUUCGCCCAACAACUAAAGGAGGAGAAACAGCAGGAGAAGGAGGCGAAAAAGCAACGUCGUGAAGAGAACCUAAGACGCAGGUUGGAAAAUCAGCGAAAAGCGGAGGUGGUGCAAGUGAUCCGUAAUCCAGCAAAGCUGAAGCGAGCGCGCAAGAAGCAGCUGCGCUCCAUAGAGAAGAGAGACACGCUGAUGAUGUCACAGGCCGGGAAAAACCUGCAGAAGAAAAAGACAGCGCCCCCUAAAGGACCGGAGGAAAAGACCGUGUCUGGGUGAAGUUGGGGUUUAAAGAUGGACAGAAACAGAGCAUCUGGACUAUACGCUGUGGCUGAGCGGCCAUCUUGUCUGUGUGACAAGAAGGGGGAGGGGCCUGUUAUCGACUUUGGCGCCUCUCCGGACUGACUCUAAUGACCUUUACGGAGCCUCCAUGACACUGAUGUGAAUAUUUCUUCCCCCGAUUGUCCUGUCGGGGAUGUGAUUUAUUAAAGAAUCUGCGGACCGAUCCUCGUUUAUUAUAUCAUAGAGAAAUCCACCGCCGCUUACGUGUUUUCACCAGAUUUUUGUUCUCUAAGUGUUUAUAUCCACAAUAUAAUUGCGCGGAGCGGGUGAAAUUCACUGUGGUUUUUAUGCUAAUUUUGCUGCUUUUUUUUUUUUUUUGUUACGUUUUUGUGUGUGAACGGUGCCGGAGGUGGAUCCUGGGGGCGUCUUCUGGAUAGUAAGGAGCGUUAUCUCCGUCGCGGUGGGGGUUGGGUGCUCCUGCUUUUAUAGAUUGAUUGGCGUUUAAUUUAAAGUUCUCCCUGGACUGCGCAGCGGACGUGAAUCCUACAGACACGUAGAGAUCAGGAGUGGGCGGGGCUCUCGUGGUUGUAGUGUAAGAAGAUAAGACUAAUAAAAAAAAAAACAAAUAAAUAAAUAAUUUUCUCAAUUAAGGCUGAAAACUGACGCAAUUGUUUUUGUGAAAAAAAUUAUAAUGGCCAGAAAAAGCGUACGCGGGGAGUCAAUAGGUAAAUAUGAAAUGUCAGAACAAU